AUGAUAGGAAGAGCCGACAUCGAAGGAUCAAAAAGCAACGUCGCUAUGAACGCUUGGCUGCCACAAGCAGUUUUCCCUGUGGUAACUUUUCUGACACCUCUAGCUUCAAAUUCCAAAGGUCUAAAGGAUCGAUAG